GAACGACGGUCCCGGCUCUCCUGAACAGCACGUCCAACCAGCUCUACCUCCACUUCUUCUCUGACAUCAGUGUGUCUGCUGCCGGCUUCAGGCUGGAAUACAAGACGGUCUCUCUGACCAGUUGUCCAGAGCCAGUGGUUCCUAUGAAUGGUAUCAAGGUGGGAGAGAGACUCCAGAUGAACAACGUUGUCUCAUUCCAGUGUGAGCCAGGAUACACAUUACAGGGAAACUCACACAUCUCCUGCAUGCCAGGGACCGUCAGGCGAUGGAACCACCCACCUCCACUCUGCAUUGCCCAAUGUGGAGGAAUCCAGGAGGAGAUGGAAGGCAUGAUCCUUAGCCCUGGUUUCCCAGGAAACUACCCUAGCAACAAUGACUGUACCUGGAGAAUCUACCUGCCUGUGGGAUACGGAGCCCAAGUUCAGUUCCUCAACUUCUCCACCGAGGCUAACCAUGACUUUCUGGAGAUAAGGAACGGCCCGCUGGACACCAGUACUGUGAUUGGUCGAUUCAGUGGACAGGAUGUCCCGCCCUCCCUGCUCACCACCUCCCACGAGACCACAGUGUAUUUCCAUAGCGACCACUCCCAGAACAAGCCAGGCUUCAGGUUUGAGUAUCAGGCCUAUGAGCUUAAUGAGUGUCUGGACCCAGAGCCGUUCCACUAUGGAGUGGUGGUGGGGGCGGGCUACAACGUGGGUCAGUCCAUUUCCUUCGAGUGCCUCCCCGGCUACCAGCUAAUGGGACAUUCCAUCCUGACCUGUGAACACGGAACCACACGCAACUGGGACCACCCCUUCCCUCGCUGUGAAGUGCCCUGUGGGGGUAACAUCAAGUCAGAAAACGGGACCAUCUUCUCUCCUGGUUAUCCGGAAGAGUACCCCAGCUCUGCUGACUGUACCUGGCUGAUCACCGUAGCAACUGGCCUGGGUGUCAGACUCAACUUUACCCUGCUGCAGGUCCAUGGUCCCCAUGACUUCAUCACUGUCUGGGACGGCCCCCAGGAAACAGCCAGGAAGCUAGGUGUGUUUACGGACGGAGAGCCCAACGAACCUGCCAGCAGCACGUCCAAUCAGAUCCUAGUUCGUUUCCGUAGCAACACUGAGAAAGGUGGACUGUUCCGAAUCAACUAUCAAGCGUAUAGACUCCAGUUCUGCCUGCCUCCCCCUAUCAUACCCAAUGCUGACAUCUUAAUGGCCAGCAAAGAAUUUAAAAUUGGUGACAUAGUGCGUUACAGGUGCCUGCCAGGGUACCAGUUAAGUGGGAACAACGUCCUGACCUGUCGUCUGGGGACUCACCUGGAGUUUCAGGGGCCUCCGCCCUCCUGUGAAGUGACGUGUCCCAUGAAUAAGGUCCUAACAGCCUCCACGGGCGUCAUCAUGAGCCAGUCCCCAGGUAGCGGCUUCCCCCACUUCGAGUCCUGUUCCUGGGUGGUGAAGGUAGAGCCGGGCUACAACAUCACAUUCACCAUAGAACACUUCCAGGCCAGCCGGCAGUUUGACCAACUGGAGAUCUUUGACAGUCCGUCCAGACAGAGUCCUCUCCUGGUCACUCUGAGUGGGAACUACUCCUCUCCUCUCAGCAUCACCAGCUCUAACAACAAGGCCUACCUCCACUGGUCCUUCGACCACACCACCAGUCACAAAGGCUUCCGCAUACGAUACUCAGCGGCGUACUGCAGCACCCCCAGCAACCCUCUCAAUGGAACAGUCCACAGUCAGACAGGCACCAAGCUGGGCAGUACCCUGCGCUUCAGCUGUGACCAGGGCUUUCGCCGGAUUGGCCAGAGCAGUGCCACCUGCACCCGCACCCCCCAGGGGAUCUAUAUAUGGAACGCACCCGUACCCCUCUGCCAAGCGAUGGCCUGUGGGAUGCCUCUACCUCCAGUAAACGGGAGUAUCGUCGGGCAGGACUUCACUCUUGGUGCCAGGGCCAUGUACCAGUGCAACCCUGGCUUCAGAUUGGCCAGCCCCCUGGCCGUGUCAGUCGUCUGCCAGGAGUCUGGGAGGUGGAGCCCCAAUGAGGCCCCGCCCCGCUGCAUACCGGUGACCUGCCCUGACAUCGGCCACGCUGCAGUGGAUCAUGGGAGAUGGAGGCUGAUCUACGGGUCUCAGAGCCAGUACGACGCCAUGAUGAUGCUCAUCUGUGACCCCGGAUAUUACUACAAGGGUCAGAGGGUCAUCCGUUGCCAGGCCAACAGCACCUGGGACUACCCAGAGCCCCGGCCGGCCUGCGAGAUAAUCUCCUGUGGGGACCUGGGCACUCCUCCGAAUGGGAAUAAGAUCGGGACUCUGACGGUGUUCGGAGCGACAGCCAUCUUCUCCUGUAACACAGGCUAUACUCUGGUGGGGUCCCGGGUCAGAGAGUGCAUGUCCAACGGCCUCUGGAGUGGAUCUCAGGUCCAGUGUCUCGCGGGUCACUGCGGUACCCCAGAGCCCAUAGUGAAUGGUCAGAUCAUAGGAGAGAACUACAGCUACAGAGGUAGCGUGGUCUACCAGUGUAACCCAGGAUUCAGACUCAUCGGGGUGUCUGUACGCAUCUGUGAACAGGACCACCGCUGGUCCGGACGCACGCCUGUCUGUGUCCCGACCACAUGUGGUCACCCGGGCAACCCUACCUUUGGCGUUACCCAGGGAACGCAGUUCAACCUGAACGAUAUUGUGCGCUUCGUUUGCAACACCGGCUACGUCCUACAGGGGGCUGUUAAGUCUCACUGCCAGUCCAACGGACAGUGGAGCAACACCCUGCCCAAAUGUAAAAUUGUUAACUGUACAGAGCCAGGUCAUGUAGAGAACAGCGUCCGACAGGUGUUUCCUAAAGGCCCUGGUCACUACAGCUUCCAGACUGCUGUGUCCUACCGGUGUAACCCUGGUUACUACCUACUGGGAACCAGCACUCUGUCCUGCCAGGGAGAUGGCACCUGGGACCGAUCUCUGCCCAAAUGUCUGUUGGUGCUGUGUGACCGUCCCAGCAUGCCCCCCUACGCCCAGAUCUCCGGUGACCGUCGGACGGUGGGUUCGGUGAUUCGGUUCAGCUGUAUUGGACAGAGGACGGUGGUUGGUAACACCACACGCAUGUGUCAACUGGAUGGGCAGUGGAGCGGCUCCUUACCACACUGCUCUGGAGAGUCGUCUGGUGUGUGUGGGGACCCAGGUAUCCCAGUCCACGGUAUCAGACUAGGAGAAGACUUCUCAGUGGACAGUGUGGUGGGGUUCAGCUGUGAGCAGGGAUACGUCCUCCGAGGUUCCUCAGAGAGAACAUGCCAACCUAACAGCACCUGGGCAGGCACACAGCCAGAGUGCCAUGUGAUCUCCUGUGGGAACCCAGGAACACCCCGUAACUCUCAGAUCCUGUCUCAUGAUGGCCUGGUGUUUUCCCGCUCCAUCACCUACACCUGUCGAGACGGAUACUACUCCAACGGACUGCUCACACGCCACUGUACGGUUAACGGGACAUGGACCGGGAACAUGCCCGAGUGCACAGUAAUUAUGUGUGGGGACCCAGGUGUGCCAGCUAAUGGUUUGAGGCUGGGCAGUGACUUCACCUACAACAGCACUGUGAGUUUCCAGUGUGCCCCAGGCUUCACUAUGGAUGCUGACCGCGCUUCAACCCUGGUCUGCACUAAGGACCGCACAUGGAACGGGACCAAGCCACAAUGCAAAGCUAUAGUGUGUGUGGCCCCUCCUCCCAUCCCUAACGGCCAGGUGGUUGGAACAGAAUUCACCUGGGGCAACAGCGUUAGUUAUGCCUGUAACCAGGGUUACCAGCUCUCCCUGCCCACCGUGAUCACCUGCCAGGGCAACGGCACCUGGAACGGCGAGAAACCACAGUGCUUCCCUGUGUUCUGUGGAGACCCAGGUGUCCCGGCCCAGGGGAAAAGGGAGGACCGUGGGUUCACCUACCUCUCCUCUGUCUCCUUCUCCUGCUCUCCUCCUUUGGUGUUGGUGGGCUCAGCCAGACGAUACUGUCAGUAUGAUGGCAUGUGGAGCGGCACUCAGCCAUCCUGCAUAGAUCCCAGUCACACCACCUGUGGAGACCCUGGAACCCCCCUGUUUGGAAACCAGAACAACACCCAAGGCUACCAGAUCAGCAGUACUGUAUUGUUCAGCUGUAGGAAGGGUUACCUGCUCCAAGGCUCUGUAACACGCACCUGUCUACCCAACCUCACCUGGAGCGGCUUCCAACCAGAGUGUAUAGCCCACCACUGUAGCCAGCCAGAGUUGCCCAGCCAGGCGGAUGUGUCGGCCAUAGAGCUGCCAUCUCUGGGGUACACCCUGAUCUACACCUGUCAACCAGGAUUUUACCUGGCUGGGGGGUCAGAACACAGGACCUGCCGGGCCGAUGGGAGCUGGACCGGGAAGCAACCUGUCUGUGCUGCUGAUAUCCGUCCCAGUGGGAAGACAGUGGGGACCGUCCAGGAGCCGCCCAACCCCCAACUACCAGUUCCGGUUGGUGUGUUUGCUAAAAACAGCCUGUGGAGAGGAUCUUAUGAGUACCUGGGGAAGAAGCAGCCAGCCAUGCUGAGCAUCACCUCCUAUGAACCCUUCAACAACCGAGUUAAUGGAACACUCAUCGACCACAGUGGGGUGGAACUCAAACUGGCUGGUACCUAUAAGAGAGAGGAGUCUCAUCUCCUGCUGCAGGUGCGUCAGAUCAGAGGUCCUGUGGAGAUCUUUGUCAACAAGUUCAAGAUGGACAACUGGGCCCUCGACGGACAUGUGUCCUACAUUGCCUCAUCUAGUUCCUUUGUGUACCAAGGAUUUGUCAGAGGAAAAGGAUUCGGCCAGUUUGGCCUUCAAAGACUAGGCGAGUAUAGCCCUCUUUUAUCAGCCCAAUAUUAUUAAAUUAAUUCCCACUUCCCGCCCAACAGCAGCUCAGUGGCAGCAGCCAUCUUAGUGCCGUUCAUAGCCAUGAUCAUCGCAGGCUUCGCUCUAUACCUCUACAAACACAGGAGAAGACCUAAGGUACCGUUUAACAGCUAUGCAGGCCAUGAGAACACCAACGGUCGAGCUACGUUUGAGAACCCCAUGUACGACCGCAACAUCCAGCCCACUGACAUCAUGGCCAACGAGACAGAGUUUACAGUCAGCACAGUGUGCACGGCGGUAUAGCCACCGCUACGUCCAGAGGCAGAGGAAGCGGAAGGCAGAAGGAGAUCCACCCAUGCCUGUGCCCUUCUUACAAGACAGACCACACCCUCAUCUAACUGGGCAGAGGGAAAGACAGACCACACCCUCAUCUAACUGGGAAGAGGGAAAGACAGACCACACCCUCAUCUAACUGGGAAGAGGGAAAGACAGACCACAUCCUCAUCUAACUGGGAAGAGGGAAAGACAGACCACACCCUCAUCUAACUGGGAAGAGGGAAAGACAGACCACACCCUCAUCUAACUGGGAAGAGGGAAAGACAGACCGCACCCUCAUCUAACUGGGCAGAGGGAAAGACAGACCACACCCUCAUCUAACUGGGCAGAGGGAAAGACAGACCACACCCUCAUCUAACUGGGAAGAGGGAAAGACAGACCACACCCUCAUCUAACUGGGAAGAGGGAAAGACAGACCACACCCUCAUCUAACUGGGAAGAGGGAAAGACAGACCACACCCUCAUCUAACUGGGAAGAGGGAAAGACAGACCACACCCUCAUCUAACUGGGAAGAGGGAAAGACAGACCACACCCUCAUCUAACUGGGAAGAGGGAAAGACAGACCACACCCUCAUCUAACUGGGAAGAGGGAAAGACAGACCACACCCUCAUCUAACUGGGAAGAGGGAAAGACAGACCACACCCUCAUCUAACUGGGAAGAGGGAAAGACAGACCACACCCUCAUCUAACUGGGAAGAGGGAAAGACAGACCACACCCUCAUCUAACUGGGAAGAGGGAAAGACAGACCACACCCUCAUCUAACUGGGCAGAGGGAAAGACAGACCACACCCUCAUCUAACUGGGCAGAGGGAAAGACAGACCACACCCUCAUCUAACUGGGAAGAGGGAAAGACAGACCGCACCCUCAUCUAACUGGGAAGAGGGAAAGACAGAC